AAAGCGCUAACUGAUUCAGAAGGGGCUCUCUAAGCAAACCCAGAAGGAGAAUCGCAGACGCAGAGUGUUGAAAAUGGCUUCGAGACCCAUCGUUCCACCACAGGCCAGAGGUGAUGCAGUCGUCGAGGGAGGUAAGCAGCAAAAGAAAAAUCCAGCGGCAGAAGGAAGAAACCGCAGAGCACUGGGCGACAUUGGAAAUUUGGUGAACGUAAAAGGAGUAGAGGUCAAGCCUAACCGCCCUAUCACAAGGAGUUUCUGUGCCCAACUACUUGCUAAUGCCCAGGCAGCAGCUGCGGCUGACAACAACAAGAAACAAGCUUGUGCUAAGGUGGAUGCACCUCUUCCGGUCGUUGAUGGAGUCGUAGCUGCUAAGAGAGUCGCACCAAAGCCGGCUCAGAAGAAAGUCACCGUUAAACCAAAGCCCGAGGAAGUCAUUGACAUAAGCUCAGAAGAAGAGGUAGAGAAAGAGAAGUCUCCGAACAAGAAAAAGGAAGGAGAUGCCAACUCUAAGAAGAAAUCACGCACUCUUACUUCCGUACUCACUGCUCGAAGCAAGGCAGCAUGUGGUCUGACUAAGAAGCCAAAGGAGCAGAUUGUUGACAUAGACGCAGCUGACACUGAAAAUGAACUUGCUGCAGUUGAAUAUAUAGAUGAAAUUUACAAGUUUUACAAGCUGGUCGAGCAUGAGAACCGGCCUCACGAUUACAUGGACUCGCAACCUGAACUCAACGAGAGGAUGAGAGCUAUAUUGGUGGAUUGGCUGAUAGAUGUCCACAGAAAGUUCGAGCUCUCGCUUGAGACUCUUUAUCUCACCACCAACAUAAUUGAUCGCUUUCUUGCCACCAAGACCGUGCCAAGGAGAGAACUCCAAUUGGUUGGCAUCAGUGCCAUGCUCAUGGCAUCCAAGUAUGAAGAAAUAUGGCCACCUGAGGUUAAUGACUUUGUUUGCCUCUCAGACAGAGCUUACACUCACGAACAGAUAUUAGUGAUGGAGAAAACCAUAUUAAACAAGCUGGAAUGGACUUUGACUGUGCCCACCACUUACGUUUUCCUUGUUCGUUUCAUCAAGGCUUCCAUUCCUGAUGAGAAAUUUGAAAACAUGGUCUAUUUUCUUUCUGAGUUGGGAGCCAUGCAUUAUGCCACCAUAAUGUAUUGCCCAUCAAUGGUUGCUGCCUCAGCAGUCUUAGCAGCUCGUUACACUCUAAACAAGAACCCCACUUGGAGCGACACCCUGAAGCUUCACACUGGAUACUCAGAAGCACAACUAAUGUAA